UCCGGUUUUCACCCUAAGGGGGAAAGAGAUUCCUAUGGAGGCCCGCGAAGGACUUUCUUGCCCGCUUCGAAGUCCCGGACGCACAUGCGCACUGACAGGAGAGUCUGCUCCUUGCUGCUGCUAAGCAAAGCAAAAGCAUCCGGUGAAAUCCUGGCCCAAAAGAGGAGCAAAGUCUGCAUUGCCUAUGACUCUGCUGGAGAAAAUGACAUCAAGGAGGCAACCAAAAGAAAGAGAUGGGAGCCCCGGAAUUGGGAGCAGCACCUGAGCAAUAUCCGAGAAAUGAGGAAGGCGAAGGAUGCUCCAGUGGACCAGAUGGGAGCCGGGAAAUGCUAUGAUGCCGAUGCUCCUCCAGAGGUCAUGCGCUACCAGGUCCUUCUGUCGCUGAUGCUCUCCAGCCAAACCAAGGACCAGGUCACUUCAGCCGCCAUGAUGCGCCUCCGGGAACAUGGCCUCACAGUGGACAACGUUCUGAAGACCAAUGAUGCAACUUUGGGUCAGCUAAUCUAUCCGGUGGGGUUUUGGAAGCGCAAGGUGAAGUACAUCAAGGACACCACUGCCAUUCUGAAGCGCGACUAUGACAGCGACAUCCCCAAGACAGUCGGAGAGCUGGUCAAGCUGCCGGGAGUCGGCCCCAAGAUGGCCCAUUUGGUGAUGGACAUUGCUUGGCAGGACGUCUCUGGAAUCGGUGUGGACACACAUGUGCAUCGGAUUUGCAACCGAUUGAAGUGGACCAAGAAUGAAACCAAGCUCCCUGAGGAAACAAGGCAAGCCCUGGAAGAAUGGCUGCCCAGGGAACUCUGGAGUGAGAUCAACUGGCUGCUGGUUGGGUUUGGCCAGCAAACCUGCCUUCCCAUUGCCCCCCGCUGCAGCCAGUGCCUCAACAAGGACAUCUGCCCAGCUUCCAAGAAACGCUGAAGACGCAAAAGAGGAAAAGGUGAUUCCAUGAAGGUGUAUUUCGACUUUCCUUUGGUCUUGAAUCAGAGGGGAUGGAAUCGUAUAGCCUUCCAGAUACGGUUGGACUGCAAUUCCCAAUGCUCCUCCCUGGCCGGGGAUGAUGGAAGUUGCAGUCAAAGGCCAUAUGGUUUUUAUGGCUGGUUUAAUUCCAAUUGUUUGGCCUGUGUAGACAAGACUAGUUGGUUCCCAAGCCUUGCCCUUCUGGCUGCGGAUUCUGAGAGAUGGAGUCUAAAAGGGGAACAAGGUUAGGGAACCAUUGGACUAGAAGCAUUCAAUCCAUGACACUAAAUAGGUUUUCUUAGGUUGGAUCUGGACCAAAAUAUGGCGAGGGAGAGGCAGAACAAGGGCAUCUAUUCCUCUGAGCAUGUUAUGGGAAACUCCUUGGUGAUGAAUCGGAUCUGCUAUUAUAUCAGGGAUUUCUGCUGGCUCAUUUUGACAUUUUUAAUUAUCCUCUUUUUAUUUUCUUCUUUAUUAAAGGUUCAGGAUGGCUUUCUGGGUGGCUACCAUAUGCAUACUUUCCUCCCUUCCUAGGAAAUGUUUGCAGAUCCUGGAAUUCCCCAUUUAAGCACUAAUAAGUUAGUUGCUAGGCAGGAAUAAUUGCCUGGUAACAGCAAUGAAUAGGGGGACACUCAAAGGUAUGAUCCUUGAGUCAGGAAAGGAAAGAUGGUGGUUGCAAAACAAAUGGAACUUGUAGUCCUCUCUUAUCGCUCUGUUGAAGCCUUUGGAAAACUGCAAUGAAAAGGAAUGAAAAGGAAUUUUGGAAAAUAGAUGGUUUAAAAGCAGGAAGUCUUAAACCAAAAGCAGAAAUUAUUCUUUCUUUUCUAGUCCUGUUGGAUUGCAAUUCCCAGCAGUGAGGAGUGAUGGACUUUGCAAUCCUCAAAUCAUUCCCAGACAUUGGAGAGAACCCUAAAUAAAUCCCACCUUAAAGGAAUCAUCUAUUUUUCUAUAAUAAUAUUUUGCCAUGCCUUACCAGUCAUCUUGGAUCGCAACUCCCAGCAGCCCGAAAUGGUGAGGAAUAAUGGGUGUCACAGUCCCAAUACCAUUAAGCAUUUGAAAGAAUGGCAUUCACCUUACACUGUUUUUUCCUAUAAUAAACAUUAUGUUCUUUGUUAAACAUGGUGUCCGCAAGUAUGUGUUAUGUUCAGGGCUGCGUCUACACUGUGGAAUUAAUGCAGUUUGACGCCGCUUUGGUGAAACUACUUCUCACAGGAUCCCAUUUGAGCCAUGGCAGUUAAAAAGUGAUGUCAAACUGCAUUCAUUCUGCAAUGUAGAUGUAUCGGAGCCAAGGAGAAAAUUGCAGGAUUAUCAAUACAGCAAACACCAGGAACGCCCAACGUCUCUCUGUACAUGGUAAACCUAUUUUUUUAUUACUGACAUUUUAGUAUACAUUUAUUUAUUUUUACACAAUGCAAUUAACAGCUCUGAUAACUUUGUAAUAAGUUUCUAAGAAGUGCAGAAACGGAGGGUUAACUGUGCUUAGCAUUAAAACGUGCUUUUUAAAUCAGGAGGGGAAAUAAAUCAUUCAGUGGAAAAAGA